AUGCGCUUGGGUUCCGCUCUUCGUCUCUCCUCUCCUCCAAUUCUCUUCUCAGCAGCACCUUUCCGUCGACAGGUACAUGCUUCCGGCGUCAGAUCAAUUGAUCCUGCCAUCUUUAGAAAUAGCCUUGAAAAGACUCUCGAGGCUCACCGGUCCUCCAAUCGAGCCAGUCUGGUCCGCAAGGUGAUCAACGACACCUGUCCGGCUGGAACAUCCCCUCCGAUUAUACCGCUUGAGAAUCAUGCUGGUUAUGAUCAGUCAUCUGAAAAGGUCUCCUCUGUGUCAAGUGCAGAGUCACAGUCCCUGCGGUCUCUUGCGCCUGCGAGGCGAGCGCAGAGGAGGGCCCGUUCGUCGAGCCAAGUAGCCGCCCCGCAGCCCCAGACUGCAAAAUACCCACAGCUGCAGUGGCAUGCAGAUGAAACCAAGGGCCGGCCGGAACAAAGUCCUUGGCUGAAGUACUUGACUACCAAUUGCAAGGCACCCGAUGCCGUUUCGCGUCUCGACGCGGAGAUCCGCGCUCUUGAGGUCUACAUGACACCGACCCCGUCGGAGCAGAGUGAGAUAGAUCGGCUGGUUGCAGAUGUGGGUAGGUUGCUGGCGGGAAUUAUCCCCAGCCCGCCCCAGGUGACCGGCUCAUGGCGGACGCGAUUCGCUCUGAGCCACUCGGGUCUCGAUUUCGUCUUACCCGUCCCGGAUUCAGACCGAUCCACCCGUGACGUUCGCAAGCCGAGUGCCACACGGCCCAAGGUGCUCCAGACUUACAAAAAGCUCCUACAUGAAGUUGGACAUGCGCUUCAGCAGUCCCCCUCGUUCGCGGGGCGAGUCCGUGUCAUAGGCAACCGUUUCCCGGUCCUCUCAGCCAUCCAUCGCCCCACGGGCCGUCUGCUGCAGUUCCACUGCGGCGAAGGGCUACCGGCCUCUGUCGAAUACAUCAUGGACUACCAGGCCGAGUAUCCCUCGACCCGACCGCUCUACGUGACCGCUCGCCUGAUCCUCGAGGCGCGGGGCAGGUAUGGCCGCCCUCAGUUGUCCAUUGAAUCCGACGCCCUCGUAAUGCUUCUCGUGGCCUUCCUUAAAAUGAACCACGGGCGUUUCCAGCGGCCCGACUGCCUCGGCGAGCAGCUGAUCGCGUUUCUGCGCGCCUACGGCAGCGAUGUUGACCUGACCACCACCGGUGUCUCCGUCGAUCCCCCCAGUUGGUUCAAUGCCAGUACAGUCAAACGCGCCAGCGCCCUGUACGCGCCCGACGAUCUACCCGCGCAUCUGCGCGGCCAGCGGUCUCUCAUCAGUCUCAAGAGAACGGCGGCCGCCAGACGCAAUCUGCCUGCCGCCAGCCGGCUGUGCGUGCAGGACCCCACCAAUUACAUGAACGAUCUGGGCCGCAGCUGCGUGCGUACGUCGGAACUCCAGCACGCGUUCUCGCUUGCUCAUGACCGUCUCGGCGCAAGUCUCAAGCACUGGGAUGAUAGUGAACAGGCCGCGAACGUUAGUAUCCUGACUCGGGCCCUGCAAGCAAACUUUCAUGAUUUUGAAAACCUCCGCGCCAAAUCGCUUAAGCUCAAUGCGACCUAG